AUGUCUGCCAAGGCAUCUAGCGAGGAGCAGCCAGGAGUGAGCACGCGCUGGCAAACGUACGUGGGGUCUGACCCUAAGUUUAAUAUGGUUCAAGGGUCCACAACCCGUGUUGUGCCAGCACCAAGGGUGCACUGUCAGACGGGACGUGCAAGACUCCCACUUCAGAGGCCCACCGUCCCAGAGGAGUUGGCCCAGAGAGAAUCUGCAACUGUCCAAAAGGAUGCUGCUGCUGCUGUUGCUUCAGAACCUGAGAUUCCUCAGAACUACGAUGCUGCAGCAUCAAAUUUUAACAGCUUAGAAGAGUUGGAGUCUGUGGAAACCUCGGCACCAUUACCAUUGGAAGAUAUAGGCGAUCUUCAUUGUGAGGAGGCUGUAGAUUUUGAGCACGCCACCUCAGACUUUGUGAUAGGCUCCAGAAGAGAUGACGGAAAGGUUUAUGCAGGCAGUGGCUUCUGGUUGGACCAGAAAGCCUGGGACUGCUUGUUUAGUGCCUCAACGGACUCUAUGUUCUGCAGAAGCGCUGCUACUGUGUUGUGGACUGCAGACCAGUUAAAGACGAGGAGUGUCACUGACUUCUGGGGAGCUUGA